AUGGAAGCUUCUGCAGACGCAACUUACUCUAUUGCCGAAAAGACGAGCGGUGCCGAUUCUGACCCCUCGUCUACCCGCCAUGAGGAAUACCAGUAUCUUGACCUCAUCCAAUAUAUCCUGGACCAUGGUGAACAUAGGCCGGAUAGAACCGGCACAGGCACUCUCUCCGUCUUUGCCCCGCCACCACUGAAGUUCUCUCUGAAAGAUGAUAGCUUCCCCCUCUUAACUACGAAGCGUGUCCACCUCCGUGCUAUAAUCCACGAACUCCUCUGGUUCGUCUCCGGCAACACCUCUAAUGCACCACUACAAGCGAACGGAGUCAAAAUCUGGGAUGGAAAUGGGUCUCGUGCUUACCUAGACUCUAUUGGUUUGACCGAACGACCUGAGGGCGAUUUAGGCCCCGUAUACGGUUUCCAGUGGCGUCAUUUUGGUGCAGAGUAUAAAGGCGCAGAUGCAGACUAUACUGGCCAGGGUGUCGACCAAAUUGCAGAAGUCAUUCACAAACUAAAGCAUAAUCCUUACGACAGACGGAUAAUUAUCAGUGCUUGGAAUGUAGCGGACCUAAAGCUCAUGGCACUGCCGCCUUGCCACAUGUUCGCUCAAUUCUAUGUCUCAUUUCCAAAAACCACAAGUGCACCCGUGUGUGGUCCCGAUGGCUGUGAGGAUCUGGGUCCGCUCCCUCAGCUUCAUUGCCAACUUUACCAGCGGUCUUGCGAUAUGGGUCUUGGCGUCCCGUUCAAUAUUGCUAGCUAUGCACUUCUAACGAAAAUGAUCGCCCAUGCCGCUGGUCUUGAGCCUGGUACUUUUACACACGUUAUGGGAGAUGCACAUGUUUAUAGAGACCAUGUCGAGCCGUUGAAGAAGCAGCUCAGUAGAGAGCCGAGGAAGUUUCCAAAGAUGAAGAUUGUCAGGGAUGUACCUGAUAUUGAUAGUUUCAAGUUUGAAGACUUCGAACUAUCAGAAUAUGAGCCUUGGCCGGGUAUUGCUAUGCAAAUGUCCGUCUAG